AUGAUCCCCUGGAUGAGUCGGUCGUCGUCGAAGAAGCAGGCCCCAGGAUCUCCCGCGUCGAGGCAUAUCAGCACCGUGGAGAUCUCCUACGAGGCCUAUGCCUACUUUGCCCACGACGAGGACUCGUGUCAUCGGAGGGCAACCGUGCAGCACUUUGUGCUAUUUGUACCAUGGGAGUCUUUCAUGUGCGAAGAAAUGGGCGACAUCAACAGCAUCUGGGCGCGGGCGCGAGAGGCGCUGGCUCCGAGAAUAUCAUGUCUCGGCGACAUCGUGCCGAUAUCGUGCGGCUGGUUCGACGAUCAGCCGAAGACGCAAAACGCGACGCUAAGCAAUGGGCAUCCUCAUCCGGAGAUGCCUAUCCGACGGUCGCACACGUGGAAGGGGCGGGACGGACGAGGCGGGCGCAGAAUCAACAGCGACGUAUCAGUCCAAACAGCAUCGGAAACGCAACGCAGCUGA